AUGAGUUCAGCGGAAAAUUCGCCAACAACAAGCCUAGGUGCUGCUUCUUCUUCGCAACGUAAACGGAUCAGAGUUGGGAAAGCUUGCGAAGACUGUAAAAGAAGAAAAGUGAAAUGUGAUGGAAAUUCUCCGUGCCAUAAUUGUGUUGCUCAUCAAGUGGCUUGUGCUUAUGAUUAUUCAUCGGGGAAACCAAGAGGUAAAUAUAAGAAGAAAUCUAAAUUGAAUGGAAAUUUACCAACAAAAAAUUCAUCAUCAAAUUUAAAUGAUUCAAAUGGUGUUUAUUUAGAAGAUCAAACUGCUAAAUUAUUAUUACAAUUGAGUUCAAAAUUAGAUUCUAAUAAUGGCCAAGAUAAUGAAGAUAAAAAUACUCCGUCAAGUAGCGAUUUUAAUAGUAGUAGAAAUAAUACAGGAACCACCACCACCACCACAACAACAAAUAAUACUACUAUGACAAGUACUAUUGGUCUUAGUCAAAAGGGUAAUGAUACAUACGAAACAAAGGGUUUGAAAACAGAUAAUGUUUCACCAUGGUUUUGUUACUCCUAUGAAAAAUAUAGAUUUCAUACAAGGUAUCAAAAUAUUUUACCAUUUGUAUUUGGUAAUUCUGCAAUUUCUGAUUUGCCAGAAGAAAUAAUUACAUCAAAUAAUUUAGAAGUACCUCGUGUUCAAAACUAUGGGUGGAAUUUAUCAGGUGGCCAUUAUUUAAAAUUAAAAUCUUUAAAUGCACAAGAUCUUCAAAUUGAAAUAUUGAAUUUUGAUAAUCCUUUACAUGUAUCAAUUGUGAAAAAAUUAUUGAUAUACUAUUUUAGUAAUAUUAAUAAACCAUUCUCAAUUAUUCAUGAGAGAAUGUUUUGGCAACAAUUUAAUAAUGGAUUUCUUCAACAAAGAAAGACAAGUACAAAAUCAACUAAAUUAUUUCUUUCUAUAUUGUAUUUAUUGCUUACCAUUGCAUUAAGAUUUCAUGAUGGGGAAACAACUGCAACGUCUCCAAUAGAUUUUACUGAAGAAGAAUUAUCAUAUUUGACUCUUAAUGCAAGAAGACUCGAGAGUCGUUUAUUUAGCUACAGUUAUACUGUGGUGACAAAAUUGACCUUUGAAUGGGAAUCCUUUGAAUUAAUUCAAUCUUGGCUUCUGAUGACAUUUUAUUUAAGGACUUCACAUAGACAAAUUGCCGCUUGGAAUGCUCUAAGCAAGGCUAUUCAUAUGUGUAAAGGGAUGUCUCUAGAAUUAAAUCGAUUACCUACAAGACAUAAACCAGGAGAUGUCUCAAAAGCAUGGCAUUGUUUUUGGCUUUGUUUCAUUAUGGAUAAAAUGAUCAGUUUCCAAAUAGGAAGAAAAUAUCAAUUGGAUUUACCUAUCGAAUCGAUGACUAACCCAUUGGAACAUUACAAGGAUGAAAAUAUCGAAUGGUUCCAUGAUGAGACUAUUCAAAUGUAUCAGUUAUCAUUAUUGAUAGUACAAUAUCAAAAACCAUAUGCUCAAGAAUUGACUGUCUCUGAAUGUAAUGAAUUUAGAUCAAAUUUAAAAGCAUGGCUUGCCACACAGUUGAAAGGAAAUUUUUAUGAUUUAAUGACUUCAAAUUAUAAUUCAUGGGAAAUUCAACCUUUGAUGACUUAUUUAGAUAUUGCUUUAACAUUUGAAUGUAAAUCAGUACUAUCUUUAUUAAAUCCACCAAAUGAAAGUUUAUCUGGUUCAUUAGAAUUUAAUGUAGAUUUCGAUUCUUUAUUAUCAACAAGUGAAUUAGCAUUAUCGGUCUUAGAGAAAUUAAGCAGAGAGAACUUAUAUUUUAUCCCAUGGUGGUUAAAUUUAUCUGUACUCUUUACAGUAAGUAUUGCAAAUCUAGUAUUAACACAUUCAGGGAUACGAUAUCAACUACCGAAGAAUAACCUAGAGAGAUGUAUGGCACUUUGGAAUAAUAUUGAAUCUACAAGUCCAAGAAAUCCACCAAGUAUGUUAGCACAGUGUGUCUGGUGUUUAAAGAUGUUGAACUACAUAUCUUGUUUAAGAUUGGUUAACACAGCUCAGAUUUUGAGGGACACUAUCGGCGUUGAUCUUAAGGAUAAUACUCCAAACAAGAAUAAUUUCCAUCAAUUUAGUAAAGAUGGAGAAGAAGGCGUCGAUGAAGACCUCAACGAAACACACCAACAUUCACCUUCAUUAGCAAGGGAGCCCGUUCCACGACAACAAGGACCGAAUUCAGGAAUAGUAGGACAGGUACCUACGAAUGGAAGUCCAAACCUUUUACAUAUAUUAGCACCAAUGAACAGUAUGUCAUACCCAAACGUACCAGACAGGACGCCCAUGGGUGCAUCUGGAAUGCUAAACGGCACUGUAAACUCCACACCUUCGGAUAUACUGGAGGAUGAUUUGUUUGCCAAUCUACAAUGGUUCGAUCAAACUUUCGUAUAG